ACAGCCCCCCUUUCUGCUCCUCAGCGGAUGAUGUGAGGAAGUGACAUUUUUCACCGCUGCGGUUCGGGACAGCACUGCUCCUCUGCAAACAGGUGUGCUGCUGUCCGGGUCAGUUUGACUGAGAAGCCACAGAGAGGUAGCGUCCCAAAACCUGAACCGAGCCUCCUGGACGCGGGACAGCGGGAACCAGAGGAGAAAGAAAUCCACCCGUUCAAGUCUGUUCUUUAUUAGCCUGGGCUGUUUGAACGGGUUCAGACAGAGAGAGAGAGGGAGAGGGGGAGCAAUGGCAACGAAAAAGGCGUGCGUGGAGGCACCCAAAAGGAGCCGGAGUCCGGUCGUUUUGGAGGCGGAGAUGUUCAGUGAAUUUCAGGACUGGUGUCUCCGGACUUAUGGAGACUCCGGUAAAACAAAGACCGUCACCCGGCGAAAAUACAACAAAAUCAUGCAGACACUGUUGCAGAACGACGAGUCGGAUGGCGUUUAUGUCGACAACAGCCACAUCAACGCCAAAUUCAAAUUCUGGGUGAAGUCUAAAGGAUUUCAGGUCGGGACCAACGUUUUGGGAGAGCACAACAAGAAAGGAGCUCCAGGGAAGCCCGUUUUAUACGUCCCGGUCAAGUCAACGUGUUCUGAUGGAAAUUCAACCCAGGAGAACUCCUCCCUGAAGCGCGUAGCCGUGGUUGAAGACUUCUUUGACAUAAUCUAUGCCAUGCAUGUGGAGAUGGGCGCCGAUCCCGGCAGAGCACCCAAACAUGCAGGCCAAAAGAAGACCUACAAAGCGAUCGCAGAGACCUACGCCUUCCUGCCCAGAGAGGCGGUGACUCGGUUCCUAAUGAGCUGUGGAGAGUGUCAGAAGAGGAUGCACAUUAACCCCAGCACUGCUGAGUUCAAAGAGAACGACAGACCGACCUCGCUGGUCCCGGACCUCAUCGAUUACAACAUGCCUCUGACUGCCACCUACCUGAAACAAAUGAAACUGCAGUGCAUGACUGCCACUGAAAGGGAUGAUAGUUCGGUGAGCAGCGAGGACAUGAACAACGCUGAGCCCACAUGGGUCGCAGCUGAGCAGCCCCCAGUGCCUGAGUCGAGCCCACCGAAUGGAGACAGGGUCAGCAACCCGGCAGCCACCAUUAAAGAAGAAGACGAUGACGACUCCUCAGAGAGCGGCAGCGCCAACGGGCUGCCGGCUCUGACCUCCCCGGAGGUGCUAGCCAUGGGUGGGAACGUCCCAGAUGGUGGGGCAUCGUACGGGGAGGUGGCGGAGAACGGGGUGAGCGCUCCCCUGGACUUCAGCACCACUUCAUCUUCAUCCUCCUCGGAGGAUCAGCAGCCGGUGAAUCUGAGCGACAGACUGCUGCCAGCGGGGAGCUCGCCACCAAACUCCUACCCUGCAGACCCCAACAGGAAGUACCCCAUAAAAACAGAGUACACCAACAAGUCCCCUCCGUACAGCUCAGGAAGCUAUGACUCUGUGAAAACUGAACUGAGCAUGAGCGCAGAGGACCUGACCUCUGGUCGAGCACAGAUAAUUGACGACGAUGACGACGAUCACGAUGACCAUGAUGACAGCGACAAGAUUAAUGACGCUGAGGGGCUGGACCCUGAGAGACUUAAAGCCUUCAAUAUGUUUGUGCGUCUGUUCGUGGAUGAGAAUCUGGACCGCAUGGUGCCCAUCUCCAAACAGCCCAAGGAGAAGAUCCAGGCCAUUAUUGAGUCCUGUAGCCGCCAGUUCCCAGAAUUCCAGGAGCGCUCCCGCAAGCGCAUCCGCACCUACCUCAAAUCCUGUCGCCGCAUGAAAAAAGGCGGUUUUGAGAUACGACCAACACCUCCCCACCUCACCUCUGCCAUGGCCGAGAACAUCCUCGCUGCCGCCUGCGAGAGCGAAACCCGAAAUGCUGCCAAGAGGAUGCGGCUCGAUGUCUACCAAGCGACGGAUGAGCCAGCCUCUAUUGACAAACCCACCUUGAGGGACCCAGCCCCCGUGGCUCCUUCGGGAUUUUCCAUUUCCAGUGCAGCUUUUGCCCAAGACCAGCUCUACACCAACGGAGGCCUCAAUUAUAACCUGCGGGGAUAUGGGACGGUCGGCAGCACCCAGCAGAACUCUGAUGCUGUGCAAACCAACGGUCCCACAGAUCUGAGUAUGAAAUCUGUCGGCCCAAACUCCUCCAGCGCCAACAGUCACGGUCAGGGAGGUGGCGGAGGCGGCGCUUCGGCUCAGCUCAGCCCUCCAGAGGUGACGGCGGUGAGGCAGCUCAUCGCGGGGUACCGGGAGUCCGCGGCCUUCCUGCUCCGCUCAGCAGACGAGCUGGAAAACCUGAUCCUGCAGCAGAACUGAGUCCGAGCCACACCGUGCCAGCUCCCUGCCCCCUCCUCGGCCUGUCCGUCUCGGGGCAGACUCUCACAUACAAAGACACAGUUGUACAUGAGUGAUACUGCAGCGCACAGUGGGCCCUGUAGGUAUGACACUUAUCCCCACAUGUUUAUGUCUUUGGGCGGGCCAGAACAUAUCACAGGCUGAAAGAUGUUUAUUUAUGCAUUUGGUUCACUUUGACCUUAUAGUGCCCUGUUAUCUGUAGCCAUUCAUCCCAUUCAAUUCAUCUUAGCACCUCAACCUCCAUUUGUCUCAGGAAGCGAUGAUCUAUGUGGAAAAAAAAAGAAAAAAAGGAAAAAGUGGUGCACAGACUGAGGUGUUGAAUCAGCUUAACCACCGUAACGCCAAGUCAGCUCAUUUGUGCAGACGUUUGGACAAAUGAAUAGUUUCCUAGCAGUGAAUUAGCAUCGUUAUUUCUUUCUAUUUGUGUGUAAAAUAUGCUGUACAGUGGCAUGAUUUGAUUGGGUCAUGUGAAUCGAGUUGUUUCUAAAUGAUAACCGGAUAACUGAAAGUCCACAGAUGAAUUGCUGCUAAAAGAUGUGGCGACCUGCCACUUGACCUGUUAACCUCAACAGCUACUGUCGGAUAUGCUGACUUUCAUAUAUAUAUAAAUAUAUAUAUAUAUACUCCAAAAAAAUAAUAAGAUUAAAAAAUGUUACAAAGUAGAGCACGAAAAUAUCAGCAGUGACAGUGUUUGACAGUUUUCACCUGUAAAGUUUGACCAGAACAAGCAGAUCCAUCAACGCGUGGUCAAUAUUAUACCUCUGUUCUGCUUAGUCGGAGUGAUUUCCAGACUACGAGACAAAGACUCAUUACCCAGCGCACCUUUUUGUUUUCACUUAUCCUACUAUGAAUAUUUCUAUCACGGGCAGUUUCUCAUUACUCAAAGGGAAGGAGGCUUUUCGGAAGCCUGGGUAUGCAAAUUGAGGUCACAGACUCCUGUCAGGGAGAGAAAGGAGAUUAAUUUAUUGUUUAGACUCUUGGUGUUAUAACCAGAAAAGUGGAAAAAGGUGCAAUAUUGAAGAUAAUCGGUAAUGGUUGCUGAAAUGACUUGAUGAGGCGUUCUAAGAGGGUUAACUACCCUUCCCUCUUGCUGUAACUGUCAAGUUGUAAAAAGUAAUGAUAUCCCAUGCAGCAUUGUAGCCAAUUUCAAUGUUGUUGUUUGUUGUGAUUACUGAUCUUUAUCGCUAACCUCAUAACUGAGGCACUUUCGUGUACUGGGAUCAGUCAGUGACAAAAAAGGAAAAAAGGGACCUGGCAGAAAAAAACAGGACUUUAUGUUGCACGUCUUUUUCAGGGGAGGGUCGGGUUGUUUCGUGGAAGAAGUGUUCAGUGACUAUUCUUAAGUUUAGAAAGGGCACAUAGAGCUCACACGCAUCCAUUAGAGACUGCGGCGGAGGCCGUGUGAGCACACGAGCGGGCGGGAUGUUCAGACAAAAAGAAACUCCUUCGUCUGGGCGUGCGUCCGUCUGAAUCGUCCCCUCUGACCCUGCAUCACAGUCUCAUUAAAUACACGUCUGAAAACACACAGUUUGAAAAGAAGCAAGAGACAAUCUUUGAAAAAGAUGUAAUCACAUCACAGUUUACUCUCCCAGCUCUCUGCUAUGGUGUGUGUGUGUGUUUAUGUUUGUGCAUGUGUGUGUGGACUGAGGACACAAACGAGUACUCAAAGCCGAUCAAGAGCACAGCCUCACAACUUUUAAUGGUGAGUCACUCAGCACAAAGACAGUUCUGUAUGUGUGUGUGUGUGUUUGUGUGUGCGUUUCUUUUAAUCCUUUCUGUCGAUGUUGACAGUGUGUUGAUUUCCUGUUUGUGUAUAAGUGGAGUGACCCAGUUUGUAAACAGCAUCAAUCUGUGACGAUUUAAUUCAGUAGGCUGAAACAUUCCAGACAAAGACUCUUCGAGCAGCCGAAAGCGGCUCGCACCUUACUGAUUUGUCAAAGUUUAGAGAGCUAUAUUUCUGUAUGUAUCACAAAUCCUAUCACAUGUAUCAUUAAUCAGUCUCUUCGGGGUCAUUCACCUCUUUCUCACCACCUGCAGGCCUGGCUAGUGAUUCAGGACCUGCGCUUUAUUACCAUGUCAUGAUUGGGCUGCAUUCACAUUUACAUUCACAUUUAAAUUCUAUUAUCUAUUGCAAGUUUGGAAGCACUUUAUAGCUCAGGAUUAAGGUAACACAAUGAUUUGAGUGUGUUUUUACCUCAUUUGAAUAAUUAGCUUCAGUUCUGACAAAUGAUUAUAACAAAGGAUAAUCUGACAUAACUCACAAUCAGAGGUAGUUUUCAUCAAAAAACAAAACAGCAGACAGCUCCUUUAUCGGAGUUUAAACUCAUCAGUGUGUUUGGUCCAUCUGAGCGGUGUUUCAUAACAGAGGAGAGAAGCAGGGCUUGUUAUGAAAGGCCUGAAUAAGCCUUGUUGGAGACCAUCCCUAUAGCUAAUAAUGAUCAAUCAGAUUUCUUUCACUUAUUCAGUUAAGGUCCCCAGGGGGCCUGUUUGAAGUGUCAUACAGUGCUAACCACUGUGCUGCACCUAGUAAAGUCUUAGCUUUGGUAAAGUCUGACUUCAAAUUUUAGUUUGAUUAGUUCAUAGAUAAGAAAACAGAAAAGUAGCUGUAACGUUCGUGGCUGAAUAACUGUGAAAGAUAUAGUAAAGAGAUUUAAAAGAAAAAUUUCAGUAAAGUUGAAAAAAAAAAAAAAGGUUAGCAGUGGCCUCUGGGGCUGAAGAAUGAAGUCGCAGUUCAAGAGCUGUUCUGUCUUUUGGCCAAAGUAUAGCAAACACUUUAAAAAAUGACUGAAAAAACAUCAAAGCUAAUCACACUCAGCAGCCUGAAAUUAGCAGAGAAAUGUCUUCAACUUUUAUAUGUAUUUAUAUGUAACAUUAUAUAUAAUGUUUUCAACUUUUAUAUACUUUAGUUUUGGUUUCCUAGACAUGUAACCAAGGAGCCAAAUAGCUUUCAGACUUAAUUAGUUAGACCUACAGCUGGCCAGAGCAAUGAAAUUGGUUAUACAGCACUGAAGCUGGGCUACAGCUUCAGUGCUGAGCUAAACCUGCUUUUUACGGAUUAGAUGGUCAUGAUUGGCCGGCACAGGCAGAAAUGGAAACAUUUUAACCAAGUGGCAAAAAUAGCAGAAGUGCCAAAAACUGCAGUUCCUCUAGUGACCACUUGAGGCUGUAAAGCUCAAAGUUAGGGGACGUAAUCAGAGUCUGCUAGGCCUCACCCUGAC